GAAUGCGCAGAAGCUGACGGUCUGACGUGUCUUGAUCGGAGAUUCGGAGCAGCCAGCUGACUCUGACUGGAGUCCUAUCGUUCGCACGGGUCGUACCUUUAAUUUUUUUGCUGUUAGGUUAACAUCCCGUUAAUUAACAAAGUGAUGUUGGGGAAAAUAAAAACGAAGCAAGAAAAAAGCGGCGAAGUCAUCGCGUACAGCGAGACAGCAGUUGCAAACAAUGCCGCGGUUGUAGAAUACUGUAAAAUCUCAAUGGCAGCUUUGUCGGGCGGUACGGCCGGACUGCUAGGGCUGACCGGGUUGUACGGAUUCGGAUUUUACAUCUUCGCGGUUUUCGGGCUGUGGGCGAUGCUAUUGAUGAAGGCUGGCGGUCAGUGGAAGAAGUAUUUCAUUAGCAGGCGGCACCUCUUGACCAGCGGGUUCUUUGGGGGGCUUUGCACGUACGUGUUAUUCUGGACAUUUUUAUAUGGGAUGGUUCACGUCUAUUGAGAAGAGAAAGGGCGGCGAGGAUGGCUCGCAGCAAUUGUGACAUUACGCAAUUAUUUAAAUACAUAAAGUUACAUAAUUACUCUAAGCCAGUCGUUGUAUUUAUAUUAUUUAAGCCUUUCGGAUAUUGACCAAAUAAACGAUGAAGCGUUCACGCGAUAUUGUA